AUAGACCCGGAAGUUGUUCUCGCUGUCGCGCUAUGAUUGAAUCUGAGAAGAACGGAGGAUGAGGAGGGAGAACAUGUCUGAUACCCCUACCGAAGCGGGAAAGGAGAUGCCGACAAAAAAGCAGAAGCUGAGCAGUGAUGAAAACAGUAAUCCCGAUCUCUCUGCAGAUGAGAAUGAUGAUGCUGUCAGCGUUGAGAGCGGGACCAAUGUGGAGCGCCCAGACACACCCACCAACACAGCCAACGCUCCAGGCAGGAAGAGCUGGGGCAAGGGCAAGUGGAAAUCAAAGAAGUGCAAAUAUUCCUUCAAGUGCGUCAACAGCCUCAGGGAGGAUCAUGGCCAGCCAUUGUUUGGGGUCCAGUUCAACUGGCACAGUAAAGAAGGGGACCCGCUUGUGUUUGCUACUGUGGGGAGCAACAGAGUAACACUGUAUGAGUGCCAUUCCCAAGGAGAGAUCCGACUCCUGCAGUCUUACGUGGAUGCCGAUGCAGAUGAGAACUUCUACACCUGCGCCUGGACCUUUGACACCAGUACAAGCCAUCCGCUCCUGGCCGUGGCCGGGUCACGUGGCAUCAUUCGGGUGAUCAACCACAUCACCAUGCAGUGUAUCAAGCACUAUGUGGGUCACGGGAACGCCAUCAACGAGCUCAAGUUUCACCCCAGAGACCCCAACCUCCUCCUAUCUGUCAGCAAAGACCACGCCCUUCGUCUUUGGAACAUCCAAACAGACACACUAGUGGCCAUCUUUGGAGGUGUAGAAGGCCAUAGAGAUGAAGUCCUCAGCGCAGACUUUGACCUGCUAGGUGAGAAGAUCAUGUCGUGUGGAAUGGAUCACUCUCUGAAGCUCUGGCGGAUCAACUCGGAGAGGAUGCAGAAAGCCAUUAACGGAUCCUAUGAAUACAACCCCUCUAAGACAAACAGGCCAUGGGUCUCUCAGAAGAUCCACUUCCCAGACUUCUCUACCAGAGACAUCCACAGGAACUAUGUGGACUGUGUACGCUGGCUGGGAGAUCUGAUUUUAUCCAAGGUAAGACUGUGUGAGAAGCUUCUUGUUCAAACACAGAUACGUUACAUCCUGUUAUUAGGUUGUGGAUCCCGUUGUGAGCCUCAACCCCUACUCCUUUGUUCCUGUCCUGACCAGUCGUGUGAGAACGCCAUCGUGUGUUGGAAACCAGGGAAGAUGGAGGACGACAUUGACCUCAUCAAACCAAAUGAGUCCAACGUGACAAUCCUGGGUCGCUUCGACUAUAGCCAGUGUGACAUCUGGUACAUGCGUUUCUCCAUGGACUUCUGGCAGAAGAUGUUGGCUCUGGGAAACCAAGUGGGGAAACUGUAUGUGUGGGACCUGGAGGUAGAAGACCCUCACAAAGCAAAAUGCACCAUCCUCACCCUCCCAAGAUGCACCUCUGCCAUCAGACAGACCAGCUUCAGCCGUGACAGCAGUAUCCUGAUCGCAGUCUGCGACGACGCCUCUAUCUGGCGCUGGGACCGCCUGAGAUGAAGAUGACGUUGACAAUGAGCAGCCGACUCUAUUAUCUGACGGACCAGUCACUUUGCUGUCAGGAACCGGAGACAUUUUCCAGGUACACAUUUUCUGUGUAUAGUCUGCAUCAGAUCUGUCCAAUGGAGGAGGGGUUUAACAUCUCAGGAACCACUCCCAACAUGACACAACGGUGCUACAGUCUGCGCAGAAAAAUGUGUAUCUGGAACGCACCAAUUAUCUUUGUUUUGUUUCCCUACCCUUCUCCGGAUUACACUUACACCAGCCCAUCCUUAUUAAACCCAUGAGGGGGGAGUGAAAAGGGGCACAAUUUGGGGAGAAUCAGACUGCAACCCUGGAGCCCUUCAAGCUUUCUCCCCCUUGCUAUUUGCUUCCCCUUUGCUUACUUUUCACUUUUAAAUGGGCUUUAAUAAAAGCUAUUUUUCUAAAGGUU